AUGAUCUGUCGACAGUGCCGCUCGUCUCUUCUCUCUCGACUCCCUUCCUCCCGACCCGCAUCGGCCGCAUACUCAUAUUCUCACAUCCCAUCACGGCAACCGCACCGAUUCUACAGCGCUGCGGCACCAGCGGCACCAGCAGCCGAUGCAGCCUCUCCCGCUCCUUCAAAGACAGCUACCAAAGCAGCUCCGAAGAUAGUCAGCAGUGUUCCCGCAGGUACGAAGCUAGCUGGGUUGAACUACGAGAAGAACAAGCAGGAUCCAAUUGCGCUAGAAGACCAUGAAUAUCCAGACUGGCUGUGGACGUUGCUGGAUAAGACUGCAAAGAAGUCAGAGACUGGAGCAGGCUCAGUUGAUGUUUCGAAUAUGAACAAGAAGGCUCGCAAGAAGCAUGAGAAGAAGAUGGCUGCGCUAGCUGGUUCGCAACCGCGUGCUAUCCCCGUACACGAACAGGCUACUGACAUCACGCCCGCCGAGUACAAUACCGCUACUACUGGAGAGGCGGCUGCUGAUAACCUGGAGGCAGCUACAGCUGGACUCGAAACUCGAAGCCAAAUCACCAAAUCUGCUCGUAACGCAAGACGGAAAGCCAUUAAGGAAUCUAACUUCUUGCGUGGCUUGUAGAUGGAUUUGGAAUAGGGGAGAUUUAUCAUAGUAUCGUGGAAGAUAUCUAGAGCCGGUGGAUGGCUUGAUAUUAUAUUUGGUAUACCAUUGUCAUUGUUUGAGCAAAAGGGCCACAACACUUUUUGUACAUUAACUUAGAAAGUAACUGUAUUCUACCUU